GCCUCGGCUGCUCAGCUGUCUUUGUUCCCAAUUUUUUAAAAAUGGUAGACGAGGGUACUAGGAAAACAUUAAGCAACAUACCUUUACUAAAAACUAAAGCAGGUCCCAGAGAUAAAGAAUUAUGGGUUGAAAGGUUAAAAGAAGAGUACCAAUCUCUAAUUAAGUAUGUACAAAAUAACAAAGCAGCAGAUAAUGACUGGUUCAGAUUGGAAUCGAAUAAGGAAGGCACAAAGUGGUUUGGAAAAUGCUGGUUCAUCCACGACCUUCUGAAAUAUGAAUUCGAUGUAGAGUUUGAUAUUGCAGUAACUUACCCUACAACGGCACCAGAAAUAGCUCUUCCAGAACUUGACGGAAAGACUGCGAAAAUGUACAGGGGUGGAAAGAUAUGUUUAAGUGAUCAUUUUAAACCAUUGUGGGCGAGAAAUGUACCUAAGUUUGGAAUUGGCCAUGCGAUGGCUCUAGGGCUUGGACCAUGGCUAGCGGUUGAGAUUCCGGAUUUAAUAGCUAAGGGUGUAAUAACGUAUAAAGAGAAAACUGGAUAGAAGAAAUUUAUAGUUAAUUAUUUAUAAAAGUACCACUAAUUUUAUUAUUUUUUUAAAGAAAAUUUAAAAAAUUUGUAAUUGUGUAUUAACAUUAUUCUAAGCUUAUUUUUUGCUUUUCUAAUAUAUGAUGUUAAAAGAU